GCACGCGGACCGAUUUCGCCGAGCCUCAAUUCCGUGUUUAGCAACCAUGGCCGCUUUGAAAAUCAAUUCUGAACGACUCAACUCCAUGCUGAAAUCCACAUGCACAUCAUGGGGCGCUUUGGGGGCACCGUCAACAGGGAUGAGUCGGUUGACUCUCACUCAGGAGGACAAAAAGGUGCGAGACUGGCUCAUUGGAGAAUGCAAAGCGCUGGGAUGUGAGGUUAGAAUAGAUCAGAUGGGCAAUAUCUUUGCAAUCCGGCCAGGGACGGCAAAAGACAAGAAACCGAUUGCGAUGGGAAGUCAUCUAGAUACGCAGCCUACAGGAGGAAGGUACGACGGCAUCCUGGGCGUCCAUGCAGCCCUCGAAGUCCUCUGCACUCUCCACGAGAACCAGGUCGAGACAUACUGCCCCAUCGCGCUGAUAGACUGGACGAAUGAAGAAGGCGCAAGGUUUCCGGGCGCGAUGAUGGCGUCUGGUGUAUGGAGCACUAAGAGCUCAACACCAUUAGAAGCAUGCUGGGGGAUACAAGACAAGGAGGGCGUAUCCAUGAAGCAAGCGCUAGAAGAUAUUGCAUACCUAGGAUCAACGCCAUGUGACUACCGGGAAAAUGGACUAGAAUCCCAUUUCGAGCUCCACAUCGAACAAGGGCCACUUCUAGAACGCGCAAACAAGACAGUGGGUGUUGUGACUUCAGUGCAAGGCAUGAAAUGGUACGCGGUGCAAGUCACAGGUGCGGGAGGCCACUCAGGAACCACGCCCAUGUUAGAUCGUUCGGAUGCACUAGUAGCAACUUCGCGCCUCAUUACCGCCGUUCGGGAUACAGCAAGGAAGACGGAGCUUGGUGUUGCGACUGUGGGCGUCAUUACCUGUGAUACAUACAGUCAGGCCACUAUUCCUGCUAGAGUAGACUUUAUCAUGGACAUCCGGUGCUCAACAGAUGAAAUGGUGGAUCAACUCGCCACGACUAUUUUCAAAACCUUCGACACCAUAAUCAAAGAAGAAAACAACGGCACUUCAUACGAGAUAAAGCGCACAUGGGGACUUCCAAAGUCCAUAUUUCAUCCACAAUGUAUCGAAGCGGUACGAGCGUCAGCCCUAAAGGAAGUCAGCGAGAAUCAGAUCAUGGAUAUGAAAUCUAGAGCGGGCCAUGAUAGUGCGUGGACGUCGAGAGUCUGCCCCACAAGCAUGAUCUUUGUGCCCUCUAAGGACGGCAUUUCGCAUAAUCCCAACGAGUACACUAGCCCGGAGCACUGUGCUCUGGGAGCGCAGAUCUUGCUGCAGGCGGUUUUGGGAUAUGAUGAGAAGGUGCGAAAGGGCGAUUAUUAGGAUAGGUAAUCGAGCUUGGUUGCAUCCUGUUGAGGCUCAUCAUAGCUUUUGACACUCCCAUGAUGACCUUCUGGUGUUGCGCACUCACACUAGCUUCCUUCCCUCCAAUGGCU